UGGAGGAGGAGAGGCCGGGCGCCAACAGACUCGCCGGAGCGGGUCGGGAGGCGGGGAAGCGCCGGGUAGAGCGGCCUCGGAGGGAGACGAUGCGUCGGCUCCCGGGUAGAGCGCGUCUCCUCGGCGUGCUGCUGCUGGCUGUGCUGCUGGCGGCGGGGCGGGGGCUCCCCGUGAGGAAGCCGGGUCCCUGGCUCCGGCCCCGGAGCCCAGCGAGGCUGGCGGAGGUCUCAGCCUCCCCAGAUCCCAGCCCUCUGAGGGGAGAGGAGGACACACCACUGCUGCCCAAAACUGUCCUAUAGGCCGGGCCACGCCAGCACCGGUGCUGGGCUCUCACUCAGCCAGCAACCCUGACCCUGGAAAAGAACCCCUCCUGGGACCCCAGAGGACAAGCCCUUCCUGUGGAGCUGCAGAAGCUGCCAGGAUUGGCCAACACAGACUUGAGUUCCCUGAACCCCAAUAUCCAGGUGACCAUCGAGGUGGUAGAGGACCCCCAGGCAGAGGUGGAGAUGGACCUGCUGGCCGAGCCCAGCAGUCGCUGGCCCCAGGGUGCCCCCAGCUGGCUGCCCGCCAAGGAGCUCUUCUGGCCUCUCUUCUGGGGCUACCUGGAGGCUGAGGAGGCUGGGACCAGUCUCAAGGGCAGAGCCCCAGGGGAAGAGGAGGCCGAGGAGGACGACCACCCUUCGGAGUACAGCGAGAGCGAGGACCAGGUGGGCAGUGAUGAGGAAGCCGACAACGAGGCGCCUGGGUUCAGUGGGGCCACAGGCGGCAGGGAGCCGGGCUGGCUGGUCCCUGGGGACUGGUCCUCCCAGGAGUCGGACAGCUAUGACUAUGAGCCUCCAGAGGAGUGGAGCCCCUGGUCUCCUUGCAGUGCGAGCUGCGGCAGCAGCAGCCAGCAGAGGACUCGGCCCUGCGGCUACGCCUGCACUGCCACCACGUCCAGUGCCUGUGACCUGCCCCCCUGUCCUGGCGCCAAGGACGAGGACCCCUUGGGCUUCCGCAGUGAGGGGUGGCAGCCCCUGGCUCACAAUGCUGCGGACAUGCUCGGCCCAGAUGUGGACAGCUGUGAGAAGUGGCUGAAAUGCAAGAGUGACUUCCUAGCCAAGUACCUGAGCCAAGUGCUUCGGGACCUGCCCAGCUGCCCCUGUGCAUACCCACUGGAGGCCGUGUACAGGGCCAUGAGCCUGCAGGACGAACAAUAGGGCCGCAGCUUCCAGUGGAAGGACGCCAGUGGCCCGCGAGAGCACCUGGACAUCUACCAGCCCACGGCGUGCUUCUGCCUGCGCUCCCUACUGUCUGGGGAGAGCAGCACGCUGGUCGCCCAGCACUGCUUCUACGACUGGGGCAGCCGCCUGCUAACGCGAGGCAAGGGCGCCGGAGUGCCUGACCUCAUCAGCACUGACUUCUCACCUGCGCUGCACUUCAAGGUGGACACGCUGCCCUGGAUCCUGUGUAAGCGGGACUGGAGCCGCUCCCACGCUGUGCGGCCUCCCAACAAUGGCUGGGCCUGCGCUGACAGCCCUCCUGAGGAGGAGUACCUGGCCCAGCUGCAGGAGGUCAAGGAGUACUGCUGGGAGGACUCCUUGCCGGCCCCCCACGCACCCCUGCCCAGACUGGGGGUAAAUUGUAUUUACUCCAGAGGAAGAGGCCCCACUUCCCCAGGUAACUUGCUGCAAGGGGAUCCACUGCAGAGUUGCCCAAAUGAGUGUACCUAGAAGAUGACAGAGAUGGACCUGUAUGUACCCUGCUGUACUUGGUAAAGUACCAGACACUCUGCUGUCACUCCUGGCAUUGGGGCAAGGAAAGAGACACGUCAGAAAGUAGAAUGAGGCAAGUGGUAUCCUGAGCCCACACUUGGAGAAGACCAGAGAGCCACGUUUCUGAUCAGCGUCACACCAGAGGUAAGUGUAUUAGUCUGGUUCUGGACCGCAAUCUAAAAAUGCCCUGGCGCAACUAUUACAGGGACCGAGAGGGCAGGAACUCAGGUCACCAGAUGGAAGCCAAGUUCUCUCUCUCUCUCUCUCUCAUCUGGGAAAUUCAAUACAAUUAGCAUGGGCGUGUUUUAAUUAUUUUUUAGCAGGAACUUUAAAAAAAAAGACAUUUACAGAAAACUGCAAAUCCCCCUCCUUUCUAACAUACCUUGACACUUAAACAUGCUGUCUAAAUUCAGUCUAUGCCUAGUGGUUGUCUAUUUAACCCAAACUGAAUUUGACCGGUCCCGUUUUUAAAUCUGUAAUCUCAAUGACAUGCUCGAUUGCUACCAUGUCAGGCCACAGAUGAGAGAAACGAAAGAAAAGGGGGCUGAACGGAGCCUUGAAGGGGCUGGGGAGUAGAUCAGCUAUAAAAUGGUGUUUAUUCAAACUCUACAAAGGAGAAAGCGACACUGCAGGUGGCUGCAGGCUUAGGGAACACCUGCCUGUGAGGGGAAGCAGUCAAGGAGGAUUUUAGGAGCAGCUGGUAUCAGCCAGGAAUGGCUCAUAAAAUCAGGGCCAGGGCCAGUCACAUCACUGGUGUGAUUGGCUGUGCUUCCUGUCCCAAAUACCAGGAGCCACCCACAGCCACCCGGGAGCAGGGCCACCACACUGUUUCCAACAUAGACGGUUUUGCCCAGUUUUCCCACUCUGGUUUACCUCCUAAAGGGUCUAGUUUAGGCAAGACCAGGCACACUGAAUUCUUCCUAGGGUUGGAAACAACCAACAGUACAAACCCUGCCAGAUCCUGCGGGCCUCCCUGGCCUCUUGGAAGAUAGGAUGUUUCAGGUCCUUUGCCUCCAUUAUUCACAAAAGGGACCCAAAUGUGCUUUGGCUCCUCCAUUACCACGAGAUUUUCUUAACAUGGUGAGGCGCUUCUCAAAAUGAACUCCUGAGACCAAAAUCACCGGAUAUUUAUUAACAUGCAGCUUCCUGGGCCACACCCACUAAGACUCUAGGGAUGGGGCCCACUUUUCUCCAUUUAACAGGUGGUUCUCAGGUGAGGAGAAUCCUUGGCCUAAGAUUUGCAGUUUGGCCAAUGAACCGGCAUUUCAGAAUAAUCUUGAUCCAGGGAACACGCUUGGGCUUGAGUCCAGAAGUAGCAGGUGCUAGUUGCUGAGGACCGUCACGUGCAUCCACCAUCUGUAAUGCUCUUGUACGAUACCUGUUAUACCCAUUAGUGAUGAAAUCCGCCCCGUUUGUUGGAAGUGGCACAUUUACAACUCAAACCCAAGUCCAGGUUUUGCUUUUAGUUAUUACAUCAUUCUGCUUUGUAGGCUCAGAUGGCUAACCGAAAUGCUAUCAGCCAAAUGGCAGUGGUAAAAAUUGCAACAGCCCUCAGUACUGGGGAUGAGCCAUUACUAAGCAUAGCAUGUGACAGAUCCUUUGCUUGGUGCUUUGGUUUUUACUGAGGUGUUUGUAAACGCUACCUCAGGGUUUCUCUGAAAUGUCAUUUUCUGGAAUUGGUAACUCUCCAGCCAGGUGUGAAAGGGCUCCUUUUUUUGUCACUGGUCUCUGUUAGGAGUCUGUUAGGAGGGGCCUGUUGAUUUGAUUCAAGCUGGAGUACAGGCUUUUUAUCGAGUUAUCGUUUUGGAUUCCCAGGAGGCAGAUAUAAUGCCGAAUUAGAUGCAAAUUAGUUCAGUCUAGCCCUUGUUUGAGUAACUCAAGACUUGAGGUGGCUUUUGGGAGUCUAAAUUAUCCAGAUCAGUGCUUAUUUUCUGCUUUACGUUCUGCUUUAACUACAUUUUGGUAGGAUUAGCCUCCAGGCCUGCCACCUAAUAAAACAAACAAAAGGAAAAUAGCUGUAGCUGCAGGAGGUAGUCUGGAUUAGCAGGCACUGGCUCCAGGAUAGAGGAGGAUGCCAGGGCAGGGCAUAGGGAAAGGGACCCUCCCUGUUACCUCUCCUGCAACACAGCGUGAGCCCCACCGGACCGUAUUCCAGCACUUGGUCAGUUUUCUUCAAUGGAACCAGAUAUUUAAAAGUACUCCAAGGACACUCCUUUCUUCCUCUUUCUGGGAGUACCAAGGCCUGGAAUUUCCUACUACAGGAGGGACGCCUCACAUAUUAGAAAGGUAGCAGCUUCCUGGUGGGGAUGAACACGGUGGCAAGGAAGUAGACGUACUGGAUCAGAUUUGAGCGCUGGCUCUGCAGUUAUGGUCCUUCUUCCAAAUCCCGACUCUGCCAAGUAUCAGUUGUUGGGCCUUGGAUAUGUUACUUACGAAAUCCAAGGUUUGGGUUCUUGUAAAACAGAAGUGAUGAUAGUGUCUAUUUCAUAGGGUUUAUUAUGGGGUUAAAGGAGUGAAUACAAAGAAGUUAGUGCAGUUUUUGGUACGUAGUAACUGCUCAAUAAACAGAAGCUGUUAACCCAAGGCCCAGUUCCCCUCUGCCACAGGAUGGGAAUCUUUCCACAUCUCAAGCCAGCAGCUGGUGAUCAUCUCUUCUUGCAAGAGGUUAAGAGGCCAUGGAGAGGGGCAAGCCCAGUAUGACACCUCCGCCAGCAACGUUUGUUGGCACUGUUUAUCCCAGAGCACCAGUCCUCCUCUCCUUUUCCCUCAGUGAGGGGAACAGAACCUUUUUGCCGGUCUGUAGUACGCAAGCCUAGCUCAGGAAUGCCUGGUGGUGAGAAGCAGGCUCCUGUCAUGCCUCUUAAUUACUACAUACGUUUCUCCACAAUGGAGGCAAGGCCU